CCGGCAGCGGGCACCGGGUUCGCGCCCGUCCCCCGCCAUGUCGCGGUGGCCGGUGCCGGCGUGAGAGGAGGGCGGGCGAGCGGAGGGCUCCCCCCGUGUGGCCAUGCGGGGCCUGGCGGGCUGGGCCGUGCUGGUGGCCCUGGGCGAGUGGCUGUGGGCGGGCGGCGUGGUGCCUCUGGCGGACUUCUACCCCUUCGGGCCCACCCAGGGCGACGCCGUCACGCGGAAGCAGGACGACGGCGGCUCCGAGCUGCGGCCCCUCUCCGUCCCCUUCCCCUUCUUCGGCGCGGGGCACACCGGCCUCUACGUGAACAACAACGGGAUCAUCUCGUUCCUGAAGGAGGUCUCCCAGUUCACGCCGGUGGCCUUCCCCAUCUCGAAGGACCGGCGUGUGGUGGCUGCUUUCUGGGCAGAUGUGGAUAACAGGCGGGCUGGUGAUGUGUAUUACCGGGAGAGCACUGAGCAGCCCAUCUUAGAGCGAGCAAGCAGAGAUAUUGUGCAGUAUUUCCCCGAGUUCCCAGAGUUUUCUGCUCAGUGGGUCUUCAUCGCCACCUGGUACCGAGUCACCUUCUUUGGGGGCAGUUCGUUUUCGCCAGUAAACACUUUCCAGAUUGUCCUCAUCACAGAUGGCAAGCUCUCCUUCACCAUCUUCAACUAUGAGUCCAUCACCUGGACCACGGGUAUGCACGCCAGCAGUGGGGGGGACUUUGCUGGGCUCGGCGGCAUUGCAGCGCAGGCAGGUUUUAAUGCUGGUGAUGGAAAGCGCUACUUCAACAUCCCUGGAUCCCGCACUGAUGACAUCGCUGACGUGGAGAUGACGACAAAUGUGGGUAUCCCCGGGCGCUGGGUGUUCAGAAUCGAUGAUGCCCAGGUGCAAGUGGGGGGCUGCAGCAAUACAACCUCUGUCUGCCUGAUGCUACGGCCCUGCCUGAAUGGGGGGAAGUGUAUUGAGGACUGCAUCACGGGGAACCCCUCCUACACCUGCUCCUGCCUGGCCGGCUUUACCGGGAAGAGGUGCCAUGUCGAUGUGGAUGAGUGUCUCUCCCACCCGUGUCAGAAUGGAGCCACCUGCCUCAAUGGUGCUGGCAGCUUUAGCUGCCGGUGCCUGCCGGGCUUCAGAGGUGCCAGCUGCGAGACCGAAGAGUCACCGUGUGAGAACAGGGUGUGCCAGAACGGUGGGAGGUGCCAGGCAGUGAACGGGACUGCAACAUGCUUGUGCCAGCCAGGGUACAUAGGGGCGGACUGCCAGACAGAAGUGAACGAGUGUGAGUCCAACCCAUGCCUGAACGGUGGGCACUGCGUUGACCUGGUCAAUAACUACACCUGUGUGUGCCUGGAGCCCUUCGUGGGACAGCGCUGUGAGAAAGACUCGUCUUCCUGUGAAGACCGGAGCUGCCGGAUCCGGCAGACAUGCAACUACAUCCGCCCCGGCCGCUACAUCUGCACCUGCUCCCCAGGUUAUUAUGGCAACAACUGCCAGUACGGUGGGCCCCGUGUGCCCAGUGCCUGCCUCUCCCACCCGUGCCAGAACGCGGGCAGCUGCCUGGAGACAGAGCAGGGCUACGUCUGUGAAUGCCAGGAGGGCUACACGGGGCAGGACUGUCGAGAUAAGCUCUUGGAGGGCUGCGAGUGUCGCAACGGCGGCAGUUGUCUGGAGGGGAACAUCACCAUCUGUCAGUGCCCGCCUGGGUUUUUUGGUGUCCUCUGUGAAUUUGAAGUCACAACCACACCGUGCAACAUGAACACGCAGUGCCCAGAUGGCGGGUACUGCAUGGAGUAUGGUGGGAGCUACCUCUGCGUCUGCCACACUGACUAUGGCACCAACCACACGAUGCCAUCCCCCUGUGAUUCUGAGCCCUGUCUGAAUGGGGGGUCCUGUGAGGCUCACGACGACUCCUACACCUGUGAGUGUCCUCGAGGCUUCCUUGGCAAGCACUGCGAGAAAGCCAAACCACGGCUCUGCAGCAUGGGGCCCUGUCGCAACGGGGGCACCUGCAGGGAGGUGGAUGGCGAGUACCACUGCACCUGCCCCUACCGCUUCACCGGCAAGCACUGUGAGAUUGGUAAGCCGGACCCCUGUGCCUCGGGGCCCUGCCAGAAUGGGGGUACCUGCUUCCACUACAUUGGCAAGUACAAGUGCGACUGUCCCCUGGGCUACACUGGCCGGCACUGCGAGAUCGUGUCCUCCCCAUGCUUCCCCAGCCCCUGUGAGAAUGGUGCUACCUGCAGGGACCUUGACGGGGGCUAUGCUUGCACGUGCCCUAUAGGCUAUGUAGGGAAGCACUGCCAGUCUGAGGUUGACUGCGGUAUCCCCAGUGAGGUGAAGCAUGCCCGGGCCUCUUUCAACUCCACCAAAGUGGGCUCGCUUGCUGAAUACCAGUGUGAGCUGGGCUACAUCCUCAGUCAGCACAACCACCCCCGUGUCUGCCAGUUGCCAGGAGUCUGGAGCGACCCCCCCGAAUGCAAUGAGAUUGAUGAGUGCUGGUCCCAGCCCUGCCUGAACGGUGGCCAGUGCAAGGACCAUGUUGCCGAGUUCCUGUGCCUGUGUGAGCCAGGUUACACCGGCCAUCACUGCGAGUCAGAUGUCAACGAGUGCCAGUCAGAGCCCUGUAAGAAUGGUGCGACCUGCCACGACCUCCUGGGGUCCUUUGCUUGCUACUGUCCCGAGGGCUUUGUGGGGACUCAGUGUGAGACAGAAGUGGAUGCCUGUGAGUCGGGCCCUUGCCGAAAUGGAGGGGAGUGUGAGAGCUACGGAGGCUCCUACCUCUGUGUGUGUCCAGAGGGUUUCUUCGGCUACCACUGUGAGACAGCCAGUGACCCGUGCUUCUCCAGCCCCUGUGGGAGCAGAGGCUACUGCCUACCCAGCAAUGGCACCCACAGCUGCACCUGCAAAGUCAGCUACACAGGCAAGAGCUGCGAAAAAGAAUUGCUGCCACCAACCUCAUUAAAGGUGGAAAGGGUGGAGGACACUGGUGUGUUGAUUUCUUGGCACCCACCUGAGGAUGCAGCCGCCAGGCAACUCAUUGACGGCUACGCCGUGACGUACGUAUCCCUCGACGGCUCUUACCGCAGGACAGAUUUUGUGGACCGAAGUCGUUCUGCCCACCAAUUGCGGGCACUAGCCUCCGGCAGAGCCUACAAUAUUUCUGUCUUUUCAGUCAAACGCAACGUGAACAACAAGAAUGAUAUCAGCAGGCCCGUCAUGCUCACCACGCGCACUAGACCGCGUCCGGUGGAAGGCUUUGAGAUCAUGAACGUGACGGCCAGUGCCAUCACGGUGCAAUGGGCUCUCCACCGGCUCAAGCACUCCACUGUCAGUAGGGUGCGUGUCUCCAUCCGCCAGCCGGGGGACCUGGCAGACCGCACCGUGGAGCUGAACAGCAGUGUGGCCAAGUACACCUUCCUGGACCUGCAGCCAGGAGAGAGGUACAUCAUUCAUGUCACAACGCUGAGCGGCGUGGGGACAGAAGACCACCCCUCAGAGAGUCUGGCCACAGCCCCCUUCCACGUGUGGACAAGGCCUCUCCCUCCCCAAAACCUUACUGCCUCCCGUGUCACCGCCACCUCUGUGUCCAUGGCGUGGGAGCAGCCGCCUGCUGGUGCUGUGGAGGGAUACAUCAUCAAUGUCACCACUACUCAGAGCGUGAAGAGCCGCUAUGUGCCCAACGGAAAGCUUGUGUCCUACAUGGUGCGGGACCUACUCCCUGGGCAGCGAUACCGCCUGUCUGUGACGGCUGUGCAGAACACAGAGCAAGGCCAAGUGCACAGCGAGCCCAUCCACCUCUUCGUCACCACCUUGCAGAGGGAUGGGGUUCCAGAGAGACGGUGGAGCCCAGCUGGACACUCCCGGGUCCUGCGCAACAGGCUGCCCCCAGCUUUCCUACCUGAACUCCGCUUGCUAGCAGAUCACGACACAGCUGAGGAGCCCUCACCAGCCCCCAGGUUCACUGAGCUGGUAGAUGGCAGAGGGAGGAUCAGCACCAGGUUUGGCACUGCACUGGGCAAAUCCAUAACUGUGAAGACACAGCCAGAGGCACCAGUGAAGCUGGAGAAUGUGGAGGUGUCCAUCCAGGGCAGUCUGGCACUGCAGCUGCAUGAGGGAAAGAGCAAGAGUGAGGGGCAGAACUGCUCCACAAACCCCUGUAGGAAUGGAGGUGUCUGCUCCAGGGAUAGCAAGUCUUACCACUGUGACUGCCGCCCAGGAUUCAAGGGCCGGCUCUGCGAGCUGGCCUGCAAGAAGGUGCCACACUCAUGCACACGGCUGUAUUCGGAAACCAAGUCAUUCCCUGUGUGGCAAGGAGGCACCUGCCACUACCUGUACAGGAGAGUCUACAAGGUACACCAGGAUGUCUGCCACAAGGAGAACUGCGAAAGCACCGGUUCCAAGAAGAAAACAAGCAGAAAACCAAGCAACAGUCACACACUGAGGAAGCCAUAGAGGCUCAAAGUAGUAGAAGCUUUGUCUUUCCACAGCUAAGGGCUUUUGAAACACCAGGAAGAUAGAUCUGCUCACUGGGUUGAACACAGCAGGGGAACCUUCCUGCCUGGUGUCAGCCUUUCCCUCUCCUCCAGCCCGUUACGCACACGCAGCUGGAUCGGCAUGCCGAGCAGCGCUCCCUUCCUCCUGCUGGACCAGCACUGCCUUCGCUCUGGCUUGCCUUGCUCUGGCCACCUCUUUGCCCCUGAGGAGCUGAGUGGCAGUGUACUGCAGCACCUGGCUGGCUGCCCCCCGACCCCGAGGGGACUAGCCCUGCUCGGCCUCCCCAGCUGCUCUGCAUGAGUGCUGGGCUCCCAGCUCUGCUCAGGCCCAGCUCUCUGCCAACAGCAUCUGCACCCACCUGUUUUCAUAACCCAGGGUUAUAAAUUGCCAAUAACCCCCAAAAUAAAAUGGUUUAAUGCAGACCAAAAAGCCUUAGCUAUCACCCGAAAUGUGGCCCACAAAAAUCUGAUUCGAGGAGACCUUUCCUGUAUAGAUAAGUUAGAAAUGGUGAGCAGCUUCCCUGAGCAGCAGGGUCAGCACCAGCAGUAGAGGCAGGUCCCUCUCUCCUCUGCUCUAGCAGGGGAAACUGAGGCAGCUUCUACUGCCUGCCUUUUUUCUUUGCUUUGUAAACAAUCCCUAGUUUUAACCAAAUUUCAAAUUCAGAAAGCAAUAGAGCACCUAGAAAGAACUUUAAAAGUGAUCUGUAGGGUGAAGUUUGUCAGCUGAGGUGUAACGCUGUGCUUGUUCUGAUGCUAAUCAUCUCCAAGCCAUUACAGGGCAUGGUAUGGGUUCAGCAACGAAGUGAGCUCCACAUGCCAUCCCCCUGAGCUGCUCAGAGCGUUGGUGUUCCCCGUGGCACCAGCCCAUGUCGUGAUGCAGGCGCUGUGUCGUUUGCAGAAAAGAGGACUAGUGCACGGCUGCUGCCCCAUCGGCUGUGGCGGGGGGCCCAGGAAAAAGUAUAGCUUAGAAGUGUUCCUAGUUUUUGUGAGUUUGUAUGACAACACUAGUUAAACAUAGAUUUGUGUAUUAAACUACACAGUGUAUAUUAUAAAUUAAUACAUACCGGAGAUAUAUUGUAGUUAUGGUAUAGAGUGUUAUUUCCCCAGCACUGUGGGGGGCAGCCUUCCCCUCCUGCCAGCGUUGCAGGGUGCUUAGUUCAGCCACAAGCGUUGAGCUGCAGCCUCAAAGAUGCUCUUGGAGUGGAACAGGCCCAGGAGUUUUGUCGCUCCCGGCACCACCCUCUCCCUCCUGGGCACAGGGAAGAGUGCUGGGCCUGCAGCAGCAGCCUGGGAGCAGCAAGGACGAUGCAAAGCCACGACCCAACCAGCUGGCCAGCGUGAUGCUCCCCUCCUCCACAGGCUCCAGCUCUGCUCCUGGAAUCAGAACCGGAGACGGCCAAGCCUCUUCCAAGGCUGCCUGGUCCUGCUCCAGCCCUACUGCCGCAAGGCCAAUACAGCAGCCCUGCCUCCCCAGGGCAGAUGAAGAAGCCAGCCCUUGCCUGGAAAGGCAGGGCAAGGGCAAAGCCAGCACAACCUCUGCUAUCCACGGGGCAGGGGGAGGUCUGGGGCCGUGGUCAAGAAAGGUUUGCACCCCUGCCUUGACAGCCACAAGACCAGUGCCAACAUGGGCUGUGAAUGUGGAGGUGGCCCUGCCAUGGGAUGGUCCCAUUUCAAGUGCUGCCAUGGGGCCUGUCCCAGCAGCAAGGGGAAGCGUGGUCCCUGCUGUGAGCCAGUACAGUAGCUUGUUGCCUCCUGCCCCCCCGGCCAGCAAGAUAUGUAACACAGCCAGAAGGUUUUAACCUAGCCUUGGAAAUAAAUUAGUUAUUUUGGUUU